AUGAUCUUCGAGGGCAUCGGUAUCGAUCUUCACUUCCUCUUCGAAGGCCACUCCAACUCGCGCGAGGUGGCCGAAAUCUUCCAGCAGUAUCAUCAUGCCGAUCAGCGGGUCCUUCUUGAACGGUCCACCCGGCUCGGUCUCUUUCGUGUCCAAGAAACCUCUCGCGUGGUUACCGAUUACGGCGAGCAGUCCAUGGGCAACUCUCGUGUGGAUGCACUUACGUUCCAGGUGACGCAUGGCAGCAAGGCUCGUCACAAUUUGAUCCGCGUCUGGCGUCACUCCGGCGAGCAGCCCGUCGCUGACGAAUCGAAGUGCGACUUUGUGACUUUCCGGGCGAUCAGCCGCGAAAACGGCACUGGCGAAGCACGGGUGCUUUGCGAGGCCCACCCGAUCGAGUUUUCGCAUCGCCAUCCAUCGCUUUGGGUCGAUGCCGGCUUUGUCCACGAGGUUCCUGAGUGCGACAUCGAGGUCCUUGUUGAGAGGCCGGCUCUGAAGCAGAACGUUACGGUCAGAUUUGUCUAUCAGAGCCAGGACGAUGCGUCGAUGGUUGCCACCUUCCCCGGCGUCCCGCUGUCCGACGAUGGCCUUUCCUACCGAAACGAAGCAAGCACCAUCGCAGCAGGCAGCCCGGCAGAACGCCAGCUUCGUCAGUACAUCGACGCCUUCAUCUUCCGCCGAAACUUGGCCAGCUACGGCUUCCGCAUUGCCGGACACAGCAACAACGUCGAUGGAAAUCAAGAUGCGCGUCACGCAGAAUCCAUCAGCGCCCCUGCGACUCAGACUUGCACGGCGUCGUCGGCAGCAGGCCCCGUUCCGCUGAACUCCGACCUCUUUGGCCCUGGCUUGCCUCGUCGUGCAGCGUCGAUGAACCCGGAGACUGCUCCUGACCAUGCAGUCCCUCAGUCAGCCGCAGGUCCGUCUGGUAGCAACGCCCAGCUUCCCGGCGACGCUUCGCUCUUGGCGCCCACAAGCCCUCGUGGAUGGACCGGUGCUUGGAACUGUAUCACCAGCAUUGCCAAUCACAUUGCGCCGUCGCGUGCAGCCUCCCUUCCUCCCGCCGCGCCUUCUGCCCAGACUGGCUCGGAUGCAUUCCAGCCUGUCCAUGUGCCGGCUCCGCUCCACAAAGAGGGUGUGAUGGAGGCUUCGGCCAACGAAGGUCGUGUCCAGGAAUCGAUGGAUGACGACAACGCUCAGACCAUCGACUCGCAAGAUAUGGAUGUGGGAGGACAAAACAUCCGGCAUGGACUCGAGCAGUUGCUCGUCGGAAUCGACUCGAUCCUCGGAGACGCACUCGAAAACAUGAACUCGCACGGCACCAUCGACGGCUGCGGUCUGCCUGCUCCUUCCGGUGUUGUGGGCGAUGUGACGGCGGCCGGCAACGAGAUGGACGUGGGAAGCAGCACCACUGCCGAACAGAUGCCGGCAACGGAUGGUGAACAGACUGCUCGCACCAUCGGCGACGGCUCUGCCCCCGAGCACCAGGACGCACCGUCCGACGCAACUCCCGAGCAGGCCGCUGCUCAUGCCCUCCUGUCUAUCUCGGACUCUCUUGAGGGACAGAGCGCUGCCACUGAUAGGCCUGCGGUCUCCACUGCGCAGGACGUCGAUAUGGAGGACGGCGAAGCUGGCUCGAGCUACAAUCGUCCUGACACGCGUGGCGAUGCCCCCGCCGGAGGGGUGAUCCAGGCGGAGAACAAUGUCAGCAUGACCGAUGCUACGCAAGACGAUUUCACCAUCGUUUCCUGCACCCGUCGUACCGACGCCGACGCAGGCCCUUCCACCGCCGCCAUGCCUGAAGACGACGAGUCGCUGGCCGGAUCCGACGUGCCACUCGCCAGCCGCACGGGGCUCUUGACCGUUGAAGCGCUGCAGGCGAUCCAGGAGUUGGCCCUCGUUCCUUCGCGUGCGGGCAGUGCGCGUGGACCUCCGAGCGAUGCAAGUGGAACGAUCACGCUGCGCCGACGCGGGCGUCACUCUGGUAGCCCGGCGCUCUCAACCUCGUCGCGCUCGCACCGAGGCUUCCGUCCGACCGUGGAGCGCAUGGACGAGAUGUACAGCUACCUCAUGGCGAAGGUGAUGCAGGACGAGAGCCAGGAUUCGGCCAAGUGCGAUACGCUGGCAAACGAGCACCUGGACAAGGAGAAGGAACUCGAGGCGGCGCGCAUGCGCAUUCAGGUCGAGAAGGAACGAUACGAAGCCCAGUACAAGGAUGCGCACAAGCAGCUUGAUCUGAAGCGCGACACGAUGCGCUUUCUGCGCGCGCAGUACAAGGGCCAGGCGGGCUUUUCGCGCUUCUUGACCAAGAUCGGCGUUGGGUCGCGCGCGGGGAGUGACCGACGCAGCCGUAGCCGCAGCCGCGAGACCACGCCGCGAGCCAUCACUUCACGAGCUGCCAGUCGUCAAGGCACUCCGACCGUCGUUCGCGGUUCCCUCAAGAACGAGCCGAUCGACCUGACUGGCGACAACAAUCUGGUUGCUGGCUCUGGCUCGCGCGCAGGACACCGCGCAGCAUCCGUUGCACGCAGCGUGGGCGGCUCGUCGGUCAUCAAAGUGGGCGACGUGAGCGAUCUCAUGCAGCCGCCUCUGGUCGACCACAAGCGCGGCGGCAGUGUUGUGGCUAGUGCAAGUGGAAGUCAGCAUCGCUCGAUUCGCGUUGGUGGAGUCCGCAACCAUGCUGGCGAGUGGCAUCAGUCGGUCCCGGCCUCGCCUCGCACCAGUCGGGCAUCCACGCCGGCAGCCGGAUCUCAGGCCCUGUCUCAGGGACCCGGCAGCAGUGUCGACGACCCGAUCGACCUGUCGGGCACUCGACGUCAUGCGCGAUCGAGUGGAACGAUCGUCCUCGACUCGGGCUCUAGACGCGCGGCUUCCUCGCGCGCCUCCAGCAUUGUGCCGCCCGACGCCCCGCUGUUUUCGCCUGCCCGCAGCGUGCGCGAGUCGACUGCAGCCACCGACUUUAGCACGCUAAUCUAA